AUGUCGAACACAGAGAAGAUUGAUGACCCCCAACAGAGACUGGAGCAUGUUGACUCGAUCGACAAAGGCAAGGAUGUCGUGGAAAUCAAAGAGGUCAAAGGCAGCGAGGCCUUCAAUGAAGCAAUGAUCCAGGAAGCAGUCCCGCUCAGCCAUCCACAGACCUUGCUCCUUUUCGGGGCGCUGUUGAUCGGAUUCUUCUGCCAGACCAUGAACGGCUACGACACCAUGUUGUUCGGAGGCCUGUUGAACAACAAGGAGUACUUCCUGGCCCACUUCCACGGCGAGAACAAAGGGAUCUGGGCCGGGCUGAUCACCUCGAUGUACCAGAUCGGAGGGGUCUGCGCCCUGCCCUUUGUCGGGCCUUGCAUUGAUCAAUGGGGCCGUCGCGCAGGCAUGUUCAUCGGCAGCAUUCUCAUCGUCCUCGGCACCAUUGUGCAAGGUCUGACGUCGGCCAACGCGUCGGAAGGCCAGAUGAUGGGAGGCCGAUUCGUGCUGGGCUUUGGCGUUUCCAUUGCCGCCGCAGCCGGACCGAUCUGGAUCGUGGAGACGGCGCAUCCGAAAUACCGUGGCAUCAUCACCGGGCUGUGCAACACCACCUGGCUCGCCGGCUCGAUUCUUUCGUCCGGGGCGACCCGUGGUGGGCUGAACAUCAAGGGGAACGCAUCCUGGCUCAUCCCGAUCUGGUUGCAGAUGGUCUUCCCCGGGCUGAUCUGCGUCUUCAGCUUCCUUCUCCCAGAGAGCCCGAGAUGGCUGUACACCCGAGGCAAGAGGGAGUCUGCCAUCAACACCCUUACCAAAUGGCACGGCUAUGGGAACCGCGAGUCUGCCUGGGUGCGACUCCAGAUCAACGAGUAUGAGGAAUAUCUUGAGAUGGAUGGUUCUGACAAACGUUGGUGGGACUAUCGCGCCCUCUUCAACAAGAGAUCCAAUCUCUACCGUGUCUCGGUAGCCUGUUGGUUCUCAGCCUUUACUCAAUGGAGUGGCAAUUCCGUCCUGUCCUAUUUCAUGUCGGCCGUCCUCGACACCGCGGGCGUCAACGACUCGAUCGGCAAAGCCAACGUCAGCCUCGGGUACAGCGUGUUCCAAUUCGUCUUCGCCGUGCUGGGCGCGCAUUUCGUCGAACGCAUUGGUCGUCGCAAGAUGAUGCUGGCCGGCUUCUUCGGCGUGUCCGUCGUCUGGAUCUGCAUGACCGCCUCGGCCGGCACGCUGGCCAGCUCGCGCGUCUCGGGCAGCGUGGAGAACGGUGACGCCAAGUUCGCCAACCACACUGCCGCCAACGCCGUGCUGGCCUUCAUCUUCGUCUACGGCGGCGUGUAUUCGUUCAACCUAACUCCCUUGCAGGCCUUGUAUCCGGUGGAAUGCAUUUCGUUCGAGAUCCGCGCCAAGGGUAUGGCGUUCCAGUCCUUCUUCGUCAAUGCCGCUGGACUGCUCAACCAGUUCGCCUGGCCCAUCGCUCUGAAGGAGAUUGAAUGGAAGACUUAUAUCAUCUUCAUUGUCUGGACUGCCAUCCAGGGUGUCUUGGCCUACUUCUUUUUUCCGGAGACUAGGAAGCGAACGCUCGAAGAACUCGACAAGAUCUUUGAAGCCAAGAACCCCGUCAAAUACUCCGUGCAGUCACGUACCUUGGCCAUCACCGAGGACCGGACCGUUGUGGCCGUCGACAAGGAAAGCAAGGUCUAG